UUGUUCUGCAUGUUUUGUAUUUGGACGUCAAGAGUUUGUGUGGCAUUUUUUCCGUGAAAACUGAUCAAACCAUAAAACUCUUGAGCUUUUUACGCUGACAGAGAUGAAGUCUAUUUUGCUACUCAUUAAAUAGAGCGUAUUUUGGUGUGGCCUCUGUGUAAAUUCGAUUAGAAACAUGCAUCUAAAAGUCAGCCAGAUUUGCCUUGCAUUCCUUGCCAUUUGUUCAUUUUCGCCGAACACGCAAGGCGCCAAGUCGAGCAACAAGAAGUCCAAGUCGGUGACAACGCAAAUUGAGGCAAAAUGGACAUCAACUCCGUUUUUGCUCGAAACGGCCGAAUAUUUGGCAGAGGAGUCACCGGAGCUGAUGUGGAAAUUUGUCGAUUUAAUUAACGACAUCGACCCAAAAUCAAUUCCACAAUUGACCGAUAAAGAAUGGUAUGGGAUAGUCCUGGGCCAAGUGAGGAAAAUUGCUAGUCCGGCGCAAGAGUCGAUGCUCAAACUAGCUCUCUCGAUGAGGGUAUAUUCUCCACGUAUCGAGAUGUACUCGCAAAUAGCCCAUGAACGCGGCCUUGAUGAAAGCAACUGCGUGGCCGCUGUUGAUCUCCACGGCACUCUUUUGUGCAAUCCUGCAGAAAUUCUACCAAAACUAAAUACUGUUCUAGAGGGUGAAAAUACAAUUUUAUACAAAUUAGACCAUCACUACCAAAAGUCGAGUGCUCCGUCUCGGGCGACAGCGGUGCUUUAUGCGGAGCUUGGAACUGAGGAAUUCCAAAAGUUCCACAAAGUAAUGAAAGAGGCUGCCAGCCAGCAUAACAUCGAUUAUGUUUUGCGCCAUUACAUUGUGCCGAGCAAAAGGAGAAAUGCUGGCAAACUCCUUUUGUCAGGUUAUGGUGUGGAGCUGCAGAUUAAAAGCACUGAGUACAAAGUGCAGGACGACUCACAAGUAAAGGACGACGAUGAUGGUGCUGGAGGUGGUGCUGAUCAGGAGGAGGAAGAUGAAGUUGAAGGCUUCAAUUUUGGACGGCUUAAGACCAUGUAUCCUGACAAAGUUUCAAGCCUUUCGAAGCUGCGUCAACACUUGAUUGAUACCAACAGUGAACUGGCACCUCUGAAGGCCUGGCAACUGCAGGAGCUCAGUCUGCAGGCUGCUGAGAGAGUCAUGAGCUCUCCCCUUGAUGAGGCACUCAAGACCUUCACCCACAUUGCUCACAACUUCCCUCUUCAAGCACGCUCUUUGAUCAGGACGGCCGUUUCUCAAGACUUAAAAAAGGAAAUCAAGAAAAACCAAGAAGCCUUUUUAUCUUCACUCAGUCUUCAGCCAGCUGACUCUGCCUUAUUUUUAAAUGGUCUAUUCUUUGAUGUUGACACUAUCGAUGCUGGGGCUUUGUUGGAAGCUGCCAGGUCCGAGCUGAGAACCAUGGAAGGCCUUUUCGGUGUUGGUGUCAAGCAACACCAAAUGGGUUCACUUUUGGCCCUUGAUUUUUCCUCUUCUUCCUCUUCAAAUGUAAACAGCGGUGCUUCCGGAGGUGCAACAGAAUAUGCCUUGGACAUUCGAGACUCUGCUGUCCAGUGGAUAAAUGACAUUGAAAACGAUAAGCAGUACAAAAGGUGGUCUUCCUCUCUGAUGGAACUUUUGCGACCCACCUUUCCUGGCAUGCUGAGGUCCGUCCGUAAGAACAUUUACAACCUGGUGCUCGUGAUUGACCCUGUGAGUGUUGAGGCCCGACCUUUACUCAAACUGGCCGAGUCCUUCCUGAUUCAUCAAGCGCCUCUUCGAGUUGGACUGGUUUUAGCCGUCAACGCAACAAAGGAUGAAACUGGCAAAACUAACGCUGGUAUUGCACUUCUUGAAGCGUACAACUACGCCACAGAAAAUAGCAAUGCCCAGCAGGGAGUCAGUCUAAUUACAGAUGUUUAUGCGUCGGUUGGAGAGGAAGAGGGUGAAAUCACAACUGACAUUGUUGAGUCUGCCUUGGUUGCAAAAUAUCCACAAGUUGACAUUGAUCUGGUACUUGGACCUGAUUCUCCGUACGACUUUGGCAGAAUGCUUGCUAAGGAAUUUGUAGGCAGGGCUGGAUUCAGACACCUGCCUAAGGUGUUGUUAAAUGGAAUUCCUCUGCCUGAAGAUUUUCUGAACGGAGACAGCUUUGAGGAAGCUGUCCUGACUGAAAUUAUGGCUCAAACUCCUUCAAUACAGCGGGCUGUGUACAAAGGAGAAUUGAGUGAUAAGGACGACAUUCUCGACUUCUUGAUGAACAAACCCAACAUCAUGCCAAGACUUAACGAGAGAAUUUUGGACUCAAAAACAAAAUAUCUUGACAUGAGUGGAAAGUCUGUGGAGAGCCUUGAAAAUUGGCAAAGUAAGUUCCACUUGCUGAACCCUCAAGACAAAACUUCGAGAAUCAUCAGUGAGGUGAAGUACCUGACCUACAAGGACGCAGCGUCCACACACCCCCUGACCUUGUGGGUUGCUACUGACUUGGAGACUCCGGAGGGCAGAGAAUUACUGUACCAGAGUUUGGAGAACUUGGAUUCGUCGUCUUACAUACGGCUAGCAUUUUUGCCUAACGUGAAAAGCACAUCGGACCACCAAUCAAAAAUUUCUCGCAUUGCUUUAGCUGCACUUACACUGCCUACCCAAAGUGCAAAGGCCCUUUUGAAGCACAUCGUUACGGAAGAAACAGCACAGAAAAUUUACAACAAUGCAGACUUUAACUUCAAUUCUCUUUCAGGAAUUGAGCAAGUCGAUCUGAGUGAUUUCAAAACAUUCCCAGCUUCCGAAGAAGCAACUACUUUAUUGAAGGCCUACUCUGAGUUCUGCCAAACCGUUUUGAUGAUCCCUGCAGGUUCAAGAGCUGUUAUUUCUAAUGGAAGGAUUCUUGGUCCACUUGAAGAUGACGAAAAGUUCUUGGCUGAUGAUUUUGCUCUGCUGGACAAGUUUUCGAUGACUGCUCACACUGACCGACUUCAGCAAGCAAUCAAGAAGGCAGACGAAAAUUCGUAUGAGGCUGACCAAGUCCCUAGAGGCCGUCAAUCUAGUGAUCUUUUGAUGAGACUGGUAGCCAUACUUGUAUCCAGACCGUCAACCAAAAGUCGAUUUGAAAUACCGUUUGUUGGUGAUCAAUACAGUGUGGUCAAAUUACCUCCGAAGCACGCAGACCUACCAAUAUUUGACAUUUCCGUCGUUGUGGAUCCCGUUUCUAGAGGAGCCCAGAAAAUUGGUCCAAUUUUGAUGGUGUUGCAUGAAGCUGUCAACUGCCGAAUCAACCUUUAUCUAAAUGCAGUGGAGAAGCACAGCGACAUGCCAUUGAAGAGUUUUUACCGGUAUGUGUUGGAGCCUGAGCCACAGUUCACUGCUGAUGGAAAAUUGACUGCUGGGCCCACUGCUCGCUUCAUCAACAUGCCUCAGUCGGUUCUGCUCACACAGAAUAUGCAUCCACCAGAGAACUGGCUUGUUGAGGCUGUACGAAGUCCUUAUGACUUGGAUAAUAUCAAACUUGAAGACGUCAUGAGCGUCGUCCACAGCGAAUUUGAGUUGUCCUCGUUACUAUUAGAGGGCCAUUGCUCUGAAGCUAUGUCAGGGGCACCACCUAGAGGUCUUCAGGUGACCUUGGGAACAAAGCAUGAACCAGUCGUUGUGGAUACAAUUGUGAUGGCCAAUUUAGGUUAUUUCCAACUCAAAGCCAACCCUGGGUCUUGGCUGCUGCGUCUUCGACAAGGCAGAUCAGCUGAUAUUUUUGACAUUGUUAGUGUCGAUGGUUCUGAUAACCCACCAGAAUCUGAAGAACAUCACAUUUUGAUUUCGUCCUUCAGGAGCAACGUCUUGAAGCUGAAGGUUGCUAAAAAGCCAGAUAAAAUUGGUGUUGAUCUCUUGGCUGAUGACGAAGCUCCAGGCAUUUGGAACUCCAUCACCAGCACUUUUAGCAAAACCUCUUCUGGAGAUGAAUCAAAAGAGGAGGAGCGUUUAAACAUCUUUUCUCUUGCAUCGGGCCACUUGUACGAGCGCUUCCUGCGCAUCAUGAUGCUGAGCGUCAUCAAACACACAAAGACGCCGGUCAAAUUCUGGUUCCUCAAAAAUUAUCUCUCUCCCACUUUCAAAGACUUUUUGCCUCACAUGGCCAAAGAAUAUGGCUUCGAAUAUGGCCUUGUUGAGUACAAAUGGCCCCGCUGGCUCCACCAGCAGACUGAGAAACAGAGGAUGAUUUGGGGCUACAAAAUUCUCUUCCUGGAUGUGCUGUUUCCUCUUGAUGUCAAGAAAAUUAUCUUCGUUGACGCAGAUCAGGUUGUAAGAACAGACCUGAAGGAGCUGCGUGAUUUUGACUUGGGAGGCGCUCCUUAUGGCUACACACCUUUCUGUGAUAGCAGAAAAGAGAUGGACGGUUUCCGGUUUUGGAAAUCUGGUUACUGGCGCAACCAUCUGCAAGGAAGGAGAUAUCACAUCAGUGCGCUUUACGUCGUUGACCUGAAGAAAUUUAGAAGAAUCGCUGCUGGCGAUAGGCUCAGGGGUCAAUACCAGGCACUGAGCCAGGACCCGAAUAGUCUUUCCAAUCUCGACCAGGACUUGCCCAACAACAUGGUUCACCAAGUGCUGAUCAAAUCAUUACCACAGGAGUGGUUGUGGUGUGAAACCUGGUGUGACGACGAUUCAAAGAAAAAAGCAAAAACCAUUGAUUUGUGCAACAAUCCUCUAACCAAGGAGGCAAAACUCACCGCUGCCAUGCGAAUUCUGCCAGAGUGGAAGGGCUACGACGAGGAAAUCAAACAGGUUCAGGAACGGGUGAAUUCUGAACAUCACCACCAACAGCAACAACAAUUGAAAGAAGACUCUCAGAAAAGCUUUCCUCACUCCGAAUUGUGACAAACUCAUCGCUUUGUUUUGCACUUGACGUAGCAGCACCAGUGAUAUUUGCAAUGACACCUCUCGAGAAUCUCCUCCCUCCGGGUGACAAAGCCGCGCCCGCAACACAUGCUCGAACAAGCGUCAAACUGAUGCUUGGCCUCCUCGCUCGAAUUGCAGGCCCUGAAAAA